AUGAUAUCAAAUAGAGAAUUAAGGAAAAGUACGGAUGAUGAUGAUGAUGAUGAAUCAAUUAAAGAUGUACAAGUUCGAAAAGAUAUUCAAAUUUUAUCAGCACGAUUAUAUGAUAUAAGAGAAAAAUUUAUGAAAAUUAUUCAUAAAAUUAAUAAUGAUUCAAUUGAUUUUUAUUUAAUUGAUUCUUUGUUUUUUGUUUUCUUCUAUUCAGAAGAUGAUACAACUAGUAAAAAAUCAAACGGAGAAAUUUCAUUUGAUAAAGACGAUAGUGAUUCGACAGAAACAUCAAAUCAGGAUUCUCAUGAUAAUAAUAAUGAUGAUGAAAGUCAGACACAAAAGUGUAAAGUACAUUUAGAAAUUCGAAAAUUAUCGAUUGAAUCUAUUCUUGAACGUAAAGCUCGUCAUCAUGAAUAUAUAAAAUAUGUUAUUCAAUAUCCAAAAAUAAUGAAAUAUCUUAUGAAUGAUGAUCCAAAUUGUAUAAAUAUUCCUCUUCGUUAUCUUGAACCAUUCAUUAAAGAACAUGUAAAUGAAAAGCCUAAUGGUGGUAUCUACGAUAAAGUCAAUCAUCAAAUUCAAGAUAUCCGUCGUAAAUAUCUAAAACAUUGUCAAUGA